GCCUGUAAUCACUAAAUUAGCCAUGUUGUUUGAGUGAAGGAUUCAAAAAUCAAAAAGUUAUUUAAAUGCUGAUAAAUUUAUGUUUUCGUUAAUACAUAGCUGAAUUUUUAGCUAAAAUUAAUGCUGUGGUUAUAUAUUAUGUUAGAGGCCUGUUAAUGUGAAUAUUGUUGAGACACGUAUGUUAAUGCUGAUAAACUAUCAUCAAAAUGAUAAGCAACUAUUAUAGUAAGAUGUUCAAAAUAUUUAAAACAUGGACACUUUAAUUCAGUUAAAUAAACAAACAGCCGGUAGAGAUAAACUUGCAAGGUUAUGUCAAUACCUUUCUAGAUUUUUGUGGUACAAUCUUCAAAAUAAGCAAAAGUUUCUUAAUAAUAAUGCUAUAAAUAAUUUAAAAAGUUUAGAGUACCAAUUAAGUACAUUUCGAAAGUUGCUUCGUUGGGGAAGAUGUUUGGACGUGGUUUAUUCGACGUUACCAAUUCUUAAUUAUCCCUUGGACUCUCGUCGUUUUGUAGAUGUAUUAACUAAACUAAGCCAAGCAUUUUACUUCUUAACUGAUCACAUUUUAUGGUUGGGGAGGGCAGAUUUGUGUCAAGUUGAUACACACAAGUGGAACCAAAUAUCAAACAGAUACUGGCUUUAUACCAUUACUCUUAAUCUUGUUAAGAACUUCAUUGAGAUUAAUAACCUUUUUAAACUUCACAGUUGCCAAUCUUUAAUUUACCAAAUUUUUUUGGGUACCUUUUCAAGGAAUUCUUUUAAAAAUGAUGUGUCAUGGUGUAAUGCCCAAACACUUGUACUUAUCCAGCGACACAAAGCAUUAAUAGCUGAUCUUAUUAAAAAUUUAUGUGACCUUUUCAUACCCCUUACAACUUUGGGCUAUUAUAAUUUAUCUCCUGGAUUUGUGGGGCUCUUAGGAGUAAUUUCUUCUAUUGCUGGGUUAUUUAUAUUAAUAGACUCUACAGUAAAGUUUAUUCCGUAAUAAAUCCAACAUUUUACAAUAUUUUUACUUCCGUUUACAUGUAUUUAGCUGUAUAUUGAAAUAAAUUAAAUACUUUGAAUA